AUGAAGAUCUCAUAUAUUCUUACUUUCCAAGCUAUUCUUGGCGCUGCAUCUGCAGCUCCUCUUGAAGGUCGCUCAAUCUGUCUUGCCAAUUUUGUUGGUACAAACAGCGAGGGUGAUGGUGGCCCUGGCCAAGCACCUUUUUCUUAUAACGAUUUUGGAAUUACAAUUACCGGAGGCGGCAAGAAGUUUCAUCACAAGAUGAAUGAAGACGCUGAUAAUGGGACAUUUCAGCGAGGCAUUAAAGGAGAAAAAAUCGGUAGCAAGACAGGUGUUAAGAUUCAUGCCAAUUGGGACUAUGCAAAUAAUUCUUGGUAUGGUUGUCACAUUAAGAAGAAUGGCCACAAGUAUAUCGGCAAGGUUAAAUCGCCCGAGAUUCAUACGGGAGCAGUGUCAGUAACCGAGGACCACUGCACGGUUCAUUUCCCCUGCUAA